CAAUUAAAUACUUAUACGAAAUAUGCAAAAGUUAAGGGAAAGUUUUUUAUUCUAGUUCAAUUUCUAGAAGUACUACUACAAUUAAGAAAAAAUAAAUCUUAAAUUCUUUUUAAUUUUUUUAUGUAUAAAUGUCUUGUUACGCCUGUACAAAACAAUAUGGCUUUUUUUGCAAAGAAGCUGGAUGCCCCAAUUGCGGAUUUUCUUUUUGCACGAAGUGUUUAAAAAAAGAAAUUGAAGUACCGAAAUUUAAUAAUAAAAAGCAAAAAGUUUGUUUGAAAUGUUUUGAAAUAUUAUCUAAAGUUAAGGAGCAGUCCGAUUUUUUAGCAGCUCAGAAUAUUAAAACAACCUUGGCAGAUAACCAAAUAUUCAAUAUUACAGAACCGCUUGCUGCACCAAUACUAGAGCCCGUACACAACGCUGAAGAAGUUUUCCCUGAUAUAAAAGAUACACCUGAAUAUGAAAUUAAACAAAAUUUAGAUAGUGAAAUCACAAAAAGGUUGGCUGAUUUAAAGGCAGAUAUACCCUCAACAUCAAUAGAUAAAAAAAUGGCUGAACGCUUGGCUGAUCUAAAAGGGGAGGAAUACAAACAAUAUCAUAAUAAAGAUAUUUUGGUGUCCAAAGAUACGCGAACGGAUCAAGAAAAAAUUCAUGAUUUACUGAAACAAUUUGUUGAAGAAAAAAAUAUCGAUGAACAAGUCAAUGAAAACAAAAUUGAUCCAGUUAAAGAUAUUGAGAGAAGAUUAGCAUCAUUAAGAGGCCAAAACGUUAACUCCAUUAGUAACUCUAUUCCUAAAGAUGAAUCAAGAAAUGUUAACAAAAUUGUUCAAAGAUAUAUGGAUGAAGCAAAAUUGCCAGAUUUUGAAUUUAGUGAAGAACAAGAAAUGAUGGCAGUUUCCAAAAAUUCGGAUUUAGAAGAGUUACCUUUUUGUGUUAUAUGCAAUGAAGAUGCCGUAAUUAGAUGCUUAGACUGUGAUAAUGAUAUUUAUUGUAAAAACUGUUUCAAAGAAAUUCAUAAUGAUGAAGAGUACCGUUCACACAAAACCAAAAACUAUGUUAUACCACCAAAAUUCAAAGAAAAUCAUUUUUGAUUUUCGGGCAAAAUAAAAUUUUAAUAUAUACAUACAUACAUACAUAAAAUAUUAAUCAGAAUAUUUAUCAGCAGAAUUUUGUUAUACAUUAGGUACAUAUAUGAAAAUCAAAUAAAUAUGCAUUAAACAUAA